ACACACACACACACACUCACGCUCGUCAACGAUGCCGCUCAAGGACGCGGCCAACUUUCGCUUUAUCCUCGGGUCCAAGAGCCCCCGGCGCAUCCAGCUCCUCGGGGAGCAUUAUCCCGCGGCCGAGAUCGUGGUCCAGCCGUCGGCCUUCGAGGAGGACCUGGCCAAGGAGGCCUCGCCGACGGCGGCGGCCUACGUGUCGGCCACCUGCUGGGGCAAGAUGACGGACCUGCUUCCCGGGCUCUUCCCCGGCAUGGAGCCGGGCCUGCCCGCGUCGCCGGGGCCCGGGGCGGCGCAGGUCCUCCGGACUCCGGCCGAGGCGGUGGCCCGGCUUGCCGGGGCGCCCCUGCCGCCGGCCGGCCGGGGGUUCCGCUAUGAGAUUGUCAUUUGCGCCGACACGGUGGUGGUCCUGCCGGGCGUGCCGGAGGCGGCCGCCCCCGGGCCCCAGGCGGCCCGGUCGCUUCCGCUGGCCGCCUGCCAGAGCGGCGACCAGAUCGUGGAGAAGCCGGCCGACGAGGGCCAAGCCUUCGCCAUGAUCCGGACCCUGUGCGAUCGGGGGUCGCACAUGGUGCUGACGGCGGUGGCCUGCGCCGUGGUCCUGGCCUCGGUGGACCCGGGCGCGGGGCCCGGCCCCGGCCGGCUGGCCGCCUCCUUUUGCCACACCUUCGCCACCGGGGUCGACAUGUGCCCGGCCUCGGACGACACGAUCCGGGCCUUCAUCGCCCAGUCCCAUCCAUACGACAAGGCCGGCGGUUACGACAUCCAAUCGGACCUCUCACGGAUGAUCAUCCGCGGCAGCCGCGACGGUCUGGCGUCCACGGUGAUCGGCUUUCCCAUCGAGGCCUUUGCCGCGCUGAUGGAUGCGCUGUUCUAGCGGGCUACCCCAGCCGCUGCUACGGCUGCCACGAUACUCCCCCCUUUCGCCGGUGUUCGCCUCCGG